AUCACGAAGAAGUGUUUUGUUGUCAUGGCGGUGUUUUAAACUGCCUGGCACUUCCUAUAAACAAAUCUUGAUUUUAGCUUCUCUUUACCAUCUUUCUGUCAUGUUUAAACAUAAUACAACGGAUUUACUCGUCGGCUGUCCAUUUGUCUGUGUUUUCGUGUGAUAAAUCAAUUGCUUUUUGCAGUCGAUCGGAUCAGUCAGUAGAGAAUUAUUUGCUCUGAGAAGGAUUACUUAAGCAGGAUUGGUUGAAUUGAUUACUUCCAUCAAGAUAGCUGGUAAAAUAUAUUAUCAGGAUGAUUUCAGAUUUCCAAAGGGUGUCUGCUAUGACCAUUGGUGAACUGGGCUCUGUGAAUCGUGAAUGGAUUAAAAAAGGCUCCUCUGGGUCUCAAAUGACUGGUCUGCAAACACAGCUUCAGUUCAAUAACAUAGUGACAGCCAGUGUUCUUAACCGAGCCACCCACGUGGUACCCCCUUCUCCCAUCAUAAUAGAGAAACUUAUACCCCGUACAGAAAGGCAGGAUGAUCUGGAGAGCUGCAGCAGCUCCGUACGUCUCUCAGUCCUCUCAGAAGAGCGUCUGCAAGCUGCCGUCAGACUCGCCAGGAGAGAUCUAUGCAGGAAACGUCAGGAAUCCAUCAGCUGUUUGUCACUUGAGCCAGCAGAGAGAUCCCAGAAUAUAAGCCCUGAAAGAAGCAACAUAGAUUACAGUCCUCAUGUGGUCCACCCAAAGAUGUCAGGUCCAAAGAAACAAUUAAAAAAUGGUGCUCAGGUGCUUGUUUAUACUCCUCAUGAACCCAACAGCCAACUUAAACAGGGCCAGCCACCUACCAAAGUCCUCGACCCGAGAGUCAACAGCAGUGAACCUCAGCUCACCCAGGAGAUCCGGAAAUUACAGAAGGAGCUGAGCACAUAUGUGCAAAGGAUAGAGCAGAUGGCUAAUGAAGGUCGUGCUGUGGAGGAUCUGGAGCCUGAUGAGAAACAAAGGAUGAAGAUCCGGCGACAGGAGCAAGCAGCCCGUUCUGCACGCAUCAUCUAUGUGUUACAACAGCAGGUUAAAGAAAUACAGGAGGAUCUAGACAAGCUGCGUUCCCAGAAUGUCAAACACACCCAAAAGUCCAGGGCAAUGGACAAACUGGCUGCUGCUCACCGGGGGGCUGUAAGAGCCAUGCAGGUUUUUAUCAACCAGCUGUCAGACCCUGCAGAGAACAGAGUGCCCACCCACUGCAAAGAGCUGGGGCAGCUGAUUCGCCAGCUCUCUCUCUGCUCAGCCAAAGCAGAGGUGGGGCAAGGAUCUGCUGUACCAGAGACAGCCCUCGACAUCCUGCAGAAAUUAGAGACGCUGGACUCAGCACUGAGUAAGCAGGAGACACCCAAGGAAAGAGAUGUAGAUUUACAAAAUGUCAACCCAGUGGAAAAGACUUCUACCAGGGUCAGGGCCCGCAGCAUGUCCCCUCCCCGUCCUGCCAGAGCACCAGCUGAGAGGACCUCACAAAGACCCCGAAAGCCAGCUGCUGCAAAAAAGCCUGGUGGCAGCAGACUGGCAGCAAAAUCCCACAGGACCUCACAAGCACUGGUGAAGGAGCGCAAUGAAGUUCUGAGGGCAGGGCUAGAGAGCCUCUUACAUCAUCAAAAACUGAGAGCGACAGAAGCACAGAAACCCAACAAAACUUCCAAUGCCAUCAACCCAGACCAUGUUAAGCAGGCCAGUCAUGUUCGUGAUGCCAGCUUCCAGCAGCCCACUGUCUCAUCCCGACUGAGGGAAAUCCAGGUAGCUCAGAAAGAGCCCACUGUGCCUUGGAUACCAACAUCCCCUCACUCUCCUCCUCGCCCACGUGCUGUGUCUAGCCGGCCAGAGCCCAGAUGUCUGUUCUCACCUAAAAAGAGCCCUGAAAAGCAGAAGCCACAGACCAGACCGAGUGGCAGCACACAGCUCAGCCCUUCAUCACAUGACAGGAAUCAAGCCCAAAAUGAAGCCCUCAGGCAAGUCUGGCUGGACCGGGUGACUGCAGACAGACUAAGAGAACUGAAUCAUCUGAGUAAAGAGGAGGCUGACCGCAUUAGCAAACUCCGGACCACAGUGGGCUCUCCGACACAAUGGGCAGAAAGGGCUGAGCAGGCUGCUAGAGAAAGAAUUCAACCUUUGUUGGAUCAAGCAAAGGUGGUUGGAGCACGAAGUGACACACUCCGAGAGCGGCUGAAGGUUGCAGAUAAGCCUGGGGCCAGUCCGGACGUACUGAGCGAAGCUCUUCUGGAAGAUCUUCUGGAGGAUGCAGCUCGAGCUCUGUGGGUGACUGAGAGGCAGCAGGUGGCCGAGGCUGAUGCUGAGAAGCAGCUGCAGGGCCCCACUUUAGAGAGCAUGUUGCUGAGGAUGGAGGAGAUGGAGAGAGACCAGGAAGAAGUGCGUCGGCGCUUUGCUAUGAUCUCAUACUCUGACCCUCUUAUCUGGGAAAAAGGCACAGAUGCUCAAAGGAAUAUUACUAGCUCUAGGCCAGCCUCUCCUCAGCCAAUCCGACUGACGAAACCAGUCCUGAAUGCACCCAGUACGGCCAACAUCCUCCUGCAAAAGCCAGUGGAGACUGGUUCUGCCAAGAGAGAGCGGGAGCCUCGCUUCUUUCUGCCCAAAGCUUUGGCAGCAGCUGUGGCUCAGUAAAUGAAUGAGGA